AUGGCCGACAAAUCGAAACCAGUCAAGAAGUCUUCACCUAUCAAGAACGGCUACCUGAUUCUUUACAAUGCCGUAUCGGCCAUCCUCUGGCUCACCGUCUUGGGCCGCGUUGUCGGUGCCAACAUUACCGGAGGCCCCCUCCAUGUAUAUCCGGCUGUAGGCGAGUUCUGCAAAUGGACGCAGACUCUGGCUGGUAUGGAGGUAUUGCAUUCGCUAUUUGGCGUCGUCCGUGCUCCCAUCUUCACGACUUUUAUGCAAGUCUUCAGCCGAUACGCCAUCGUAUGGGGUAUAACAGGUCUAUUCUCCGAGCUAGCACAUGGACAGGGUGCUGGUGAUAGCUACUCCAGCUUAGCCUACUCGUCGAUGUUAGGUGCCUGGGCUACCACCGAAAUCAUUCGAUACUCAUACUUCGCUCUGUCUCUAUCGUUCGGAAAGCCACCUUACGCCCUCCACUGGCUACGAUACCACGCUUUCUUCAUACUAUACCCCAUCGGAAUUUCCAGCGAGGCGUACCUCAUCUGGCGUGCUGUUGAGCCCGCCAAGACUGCUGUUAGCCCAUUAUACUCGACGGUACUUUUUGGUUAUGUCGCGCUGGUAUAUCCUCCAUCGGCUUAUAUCCUAUAUACACACAUGAUGGCCCAAAGGCGAAAGGUCAUGAAGGCGACGAAGGCAGAGAACAAGAAGGCUACACAAUAG